AUGGCCUCAGAUGUCAAUGAAUGCCUUGCCAUGGACCUAAAAUUCCUGACAGUUAAUCAUAAAAAGUUAACCAUACUUCAUAUGAUUGAUGUGUUCUGUAGAUACAGUGCAUCAACAAUUAUCAAAUCCAAGAAUAAGGAAAUUAUCGUAGACACAAUUCUCAAGCACUGGGUUGCUAUUUUUGGCACACCAAACUCGAUUUUUUCAGACAACGGAGGGGAGUUCAACAAUGAGCUCUUAAAGGGAGAUGUAGCAGAACUGUUAAACACAAGAGUGUAUACAACAGCAGCAGAAGCUCCAUGGUCAAAUGGUGUAUGUGAGCAUCAUAAUUUCAUCCUGGAAAAUAUGAUUAUGAAAAUUGUUGACAACACUAGUUGUUCUGUUGAAAAUGCACUUACAUGGGCCAAUUGUGCCAAGAAUGCGUUGCAUAAUAACCGUGGAUUCAGUCUCAAUCAGCUUGUAUUUGGACGCAAUCCAAAUCUCCCAUCUGUGCUUACAGCCAAGCCUUCUGUGCUUACAGCCAAGCCUCCUGUUCUUCGAACAGUUACACCCAGUCAAUUAAUUGCGAAUCAUCUGAAUGCCCUGCAUGUUGCUCGCAAAGCAUUCAUUGAAAGUGAAUCUUAA